AUGGGCGUCGGAUUUGUGUUGGAUGAUCAUCAUCUUCCCAAAGUUCCCGGGACGGUCAUCCUAGAGGAAGAUGUCGCUCAUUCAGAGACCGUAACAGGAGACCUGAAGCACGGAAGAGGGAAGAAUGCCCACAUCGUGUUGACUCCCCAGCCGAGCGAGGAUCCGAAUGAUCCUCUCAAUUGGUCCCAGGCGAGGAAGCUCACCAUCAUGCUUAUCACUGGCAUGGGCACGAUUCUCUACGGCGCCUGCUUUGGACCGCUCUUAAACGCCAGCUUGGUCGUCAUUGCAAUCGACUUGAACGUCACCAUCACAGACAUCACGCUUCUCUCUGGUUAUCAGGUUCUGGUUGUUGGAUGCACAGCGCCGUUCGUCUCUGCUUGCUCAAGAAAGUACGGCAAACGGUCAUUGUUCGUACUCUCGUCUGUGUCUGCAGUUAUCGGCAACAUCAUCGGUUCAACCUCGAAGAAUUACAAUCAACUACUUGCUGCUCGCAUUAUUCAAGGUUUUUCUGUCAGCACAUACGAGUCUCUCCUCCUUGUGGUCAUUGGUGAUCUCUUCUUCGUCCACGAGCGCGGAAUCUACUUCUCGAUCGUCAGCUUCCUUCUCGUCGCAAUCUCAAACCUGGCAUCCGUGGUCUGUGGUCCAAUUACCACGAAUCUAGGAUGGAAAUACCUUUUCCACAUCUUCGUCGCUAUUUCUGUCGUCCAGACGAUCCUCCAGAUCUUCUUCGUCCCAGAAACAACAUAUCGUCGAGACCACAAGUACGAGAUCGACGAGCUGACCACCGAUAACUUCGGGGAGCUCGUUGCUGCUGAACAUCAGCACGAGAAGAGCUUGCACACUGUGCAGCUGGAGAAUGCUAUCAGUCGACAGACCACCGGAUUUCCAGCGAAGAAAACCUUCUGGGAAAACAUGAAGCUGUUUGAUGGGACUUACUCGGACGAGAACCUACUCGCGCUCAUCAUUGCUCCAUUCGCGAUCUGCAUGAACGCCUCCGUGUGCUACGUUAUCGUUGUGCAAGCUUGGUUCGUUGGCCUCUUCGUCGCCAUUGCCUUCGUCCUCGCUCAAAUCUUCGCUUAUCCACCAUACCACCUGAAUCCAAGCCACAUUGGGUAUCUCUCCCUUGGGCCAUUCGUUGGGGGACUGAUAGCCAUGUUGCUCUUCGGUGCCAUCACAGAUCGGAUAAUGAUGUAUAUGACUCGCAGGAACAAGGGUGUUUACGAGCCCGAAUACCGUCUACUCAUUUCGGUCUUGGGGGUCGCAAGCGGAGCCGGACUCUUUGGCUACGGUUACGUGACUCAGAACUCUGGAAGUCCCUAUGUGGCAGCGACAGUCCACGGCGUCAUUAUUUUCGGCGUUAUGGCCUUAAUUGUCGCUACAUCAUCCUACGCACUGGACGCAUACAGAGACAUGAACAACGAAAUCUUCAUCAUGGGCAUGAUGUCCAAGAACUUCUUGCUCUACGGCUUCACCUAUUUCAUCAACGACUGGUUGGCCAGGACUGGUCCCCAACAUGUCUUCAACGUAUUUGGAGUGACGGGCUUUGCCGUGAUGGUGGGUUUGCCCAUCAUGUACGUGUUUGGGAAGAAGUAUCGCAGUUAUUGGCACCGCCAUAAUCUUUUGGAGAAGUUUCAUAUCAGGACGCAUGCUGAGUAA